CGGCGGAGGCGGCGGAGGCCAGGGAGGAAGAUGUCGUAAUGAGCGGGGGCGAAUCUGUCAGACAACCUAGCAGUUGGGCUGAUGAUGUCAGUGUUCCAGUGGCUUCUAACAGGCAUUAAUACCUGUUGGAAAUGGAUUCUCAUUGGCUGGGGCGAUUGCAGAUCUACAGACCAGCAUGGCCGCUACUGCCGCUGUCAGUCCCAGCGACUACCUGCAGCCCGCCGCCUCCACCACCCAGGAUUCCCAGCCAUCUCCUCUAGCCCUGCUUGCUGCAACAUGUAGCAAAAUUGGCCCUCCCGCCGUGGAAGCUGCGGUGACCCCUCCUGCUCCCCCCCAGCCCACACCACGGAAACUUGUCCCCAUCAAACCUGCCCCUCUCCCUCUCAGUCCUGGCAAGAAUAGCUUUGGAAUCUUGUCCUCCAAAGGAAACAUCCUUCAGAUUCAGGGGUCGCAACUGAGUGCAUCCUAUCCUGGGGGGCAGCUGGUGUUCGCUAUCCAGAACCCCACUGUGAUCAACAAAGGGACCCGAUCAAAUGCCAAUAUCCAGUACCAGGCGGUCCCUCAGAUACAGGCGAGCAACUCCCAGACUAUCCAGGUACAGCCCAGUCUCACCAACCAGAUCCAGAUCAUCCCCGGCACCAGCCAAGCCAUCAUCAGCCCCUCACCAUCCAGUCACAAGCCUGUCCCCAUCAAGCCAGCCCCCGUCCAGAAGUCGAGUACGACCACCGCCCCUGUGCAGAGUGGGGCCAAUGUGGUGAAGCUGACAGGUGGGGGCGGCAACGUGACGCUCACUCUGCCCGUCAACAACCUUGUGAACACCAGCGACUCCGGGGCCACCACUCAGCUCCUCACGGAGAGCCCCCCCACCCCACUGUCUAAGACUAACAAGAAAGCCAGGAAGAAGAGUCUCCCUGCCUCCCAGCCCCCUGUGGCUGUGGCCGAGCAGGUGGAGACGGUGCUGAUUGAGACCACUGCGGACAACAUCAUCCAGGCAGGAAACAACCUGCUCAUUGUUCAGAGCCCCGGUGGGGGCCAGCCCGCCGUGGUUCAGCAGGUCCAGGUGGUGCCCCCCAAGGCCGAGCAGCAGCAGGUGGUGCAGAUCCCCCAGCAGGCCCUGCGGGUGGUGCAGGCGGCAUCUGCCACCCUCCCCACCGUCCCCCAGAAGCCCUCCCAGAACUUUCAGAUCCAGGCGGCUGAGCCGACGCCUACUCAGGUCUACAUCCGUACGCCUUCCGGUGAGGUGCAGACGGUCCUUGUCCAGGACGGCCCCCCAGCAACAGCUGCAGCCCCCUCUGCCACCACCUGUAGCAGCCCUGUGUCCCGUGCUCCCCAUCUGAGUGGGACCAGCAGAAAGCACUCGGCCGCCAUCCUCCGGAAAGAGCGCCCCCUGCCAAAGAUCGCCCCCGCCGGGAGCAUCAUCAGCCUGAACGCAGCGCAACUGGCAGCCGCGGCCCAGGCCAUGCAGACCAUCAGCAUCAACGGUGUCCAGGUCCAGGGCGUGCCUGUCACCAUCACCAGCACCGGCGGGCAGCAGCAGCUGACGGUGCAGAACGUCUCCGGGAACAACCUGACCAUCAGUGGGCUGAGCCCCACCCAGAUCCAGCUGCAGAUGGAGCAGGCCCUGGCUGGAGAGGCCCAGCCUGGGGAGAAGCGGCGCCGCAUGGCCUGCACGUGUCCCAACUGCAAGGAUGGGGACAAGAGGUCCGGAGAGCAGGGCAAGAAGAAGCACGUGUGCCAUAUCCCCGACUGUGGCAAGACUUUCCGGAAGACGUCCUUGCUGCGGGCCCACGUGCGCCUGCACACCGGCGAGCGGCCCUUUGUCUGCAACUGGUUCUUCUGUGGAAAGAGGUUCACCCGGAGCGAUGAGCUGCAGCGGCACGCCCGCACGCACACAGGGGACAAACGCUUCGAGUGUGCCCAGUGUCAGAAGCGCUUCAUGAGGAGUGACCAUCUCACCAAGCAUUACAAGACCCACCUGGUCACGAAGAACUUGUAAGGCCAACUGAGGCAGGAGGCCCCGAAGACACAGUCCCUCAUCUGCGUCCUGCCUGGGCCCCUGGUGGAAAGGAGGUCCCCGGGCUGCCGUCGGCCCCUCCCUUCUGUUCUGCGACUGUCCCCCCAGGAAGGGGCUCCGCUGCCCCUACUCGCCUCCCUCUCAAGCCCCUCGGCUCCGCCCCGGCCCUCCCCUCUCACCUCGAGCUCCCGGCCUGCCCAGACCGUGGACGUUGGCCGUGCCCAAUGAGACGUUCUAAACCAGGACGAGUGGGAACCCUUAUUUCCAAAGGAAAAACAUGAAUUUCACUCCGUCGAGGAGCAAAGUGAGCCCCCCCAGUCCUCUCCCCCAACACUGCCGGAGUCGCAUUGUGCCAUCUCUCUCUCUCUCUCUCUCUCUCUCCCCCGCCCCUCCCCAGCCCACCAGCCACCUCGGAUGCCCUGGGACCCUGCACCCAGGGCACCACUGGCACCCCCUUCCCCCCGGAGAGGCUCACGGGGCUGCCUCCACUCCACAUGCCCAGCCCUGCCACAGCUCUCCUCCAGCACAUUCCAACUUUCUAUUUAAAAAGUCAAGCUACCCACCGAUGCCCUCUUUUUCUAUGGAGAACGUUGCCUUAUACUCUACUUCAGAUGAUGAACACUGUGUAUUGUGUGUGCUUUAAAGUUUUAUUUAAUUGCUCCCUUCUUCCUGUCCUCGUUACUCACCUCCCCCACGCCUGCUUCAGUUUAGGGUUUGGGGGGCAAUGAAGAGCAUACGGAUUUUUUUUUUCCUCAUUCUAGCAAUUCUCUUUUCUAAAUGACACAGCAUUUCAACUCGAAUCUGGAUCCAGAUAAAAACACCUUCACCUCCUGACCCCUUCCCUCUCCCCCUCAUCCCACCCCAGCUGUGGCCCCAGCCCUACUCGUGUACAGUGUAUAUUGUAUAAUGGACAAUUGUGUCUACUACAUGUUUAAAAACAUAUUGCUUGUUAUUUUUGAGGCUUUUAAAUUAAACAAAAAUCCAACUUUAUUUUUAGUUGUAACUGCUUGAGGUAUGUUUUAUGAAUUAAGUGACAGAUUUGUUAUCCUUUAUUAACGAUGUACUUUGUUGGUCAGCACUGGGCUGACAAAAAUUUUUUCUUGCUAAUAAAUUUAGUUGCCUGAGGCAAAAUCUGCAA